AGUAUAUGCAAUGAAUGGGGGGCAAGUAGCCAACAAAACACCUUAGAGAGACAUUAUGAUUUUUGAUAUGGUUGAUCUUCUCGACGAGCUCUAAAAAUGAACAUCUCCGAUUAUCACAUGGAUCUGGGAAUUGUCCAACAGGACCAUCAGAGGAACUGUGUUCUUGAUAAAAUGGGGGUAGGAUCAUGCUGCAUAGAACUGAGAAGACUUUUGGGCUAUUAACUCAGAUACAAGCUCUGAACUUGGAAAUUCCCAAAGCAUGGUAAUACUUAAUUGAAGUGGUAUCCUUCAACCAAAGCAGGUGUCUUUAAGAAAUUCUACCUACACCAGCUGGGCAGGAUGUCUUCUUGCCAUUAGUGAGGUUGACUGACUUACAGCUCCAAUACAAGUUCGGCCCAAUAAAUCAAUCCCCAGGUUUGUUUUUGGAUUCGGGCCAUCAUGCAGGUGGAUGUUAUUGAAGCUUGGUUUGGAAGUAAAGAACAAAAAGUUCAUCCAUCUAAAAGGAAAUAUAAACAAGCAAACAUACUUUUCCUCUUCUUCCAUUUAAGUUAUAUGGCAAAUAGCCAAAUCCCAGAUUUGCUUUUCAUGUUGAUAAAUUCCUUUCUUUCUUCCAGUCUUACUUUCCUAGACUCCACAACAAGAAAUGUUCUUUUUCUUCUUCCACUAUCCUAUCAAUUCCCUCUCUAUAUAUGCUCUUUUCUCACUGGCAAACAAGACACCGGAAUCAUUCGCGAGAAGUUCAAAAUCAUUCAACUUUCUAAGCAACAUUCUAUCAGAAUAGAAUGGCUUCUGCAACUGUGCUUCAGAAAUCAGAUAAUGCAACAGCAGGUGGUUUGUCUGAUGCUCUGAGGCAGAGCCGGUACCACAUGAAGAGAUGCUUUGCUAGGUUUAUGGAAACGGGGAAAAGGUUGAUGAAACCUCACCAAAUAAUGGAAGAAAUGGACAGAGCAAUUGAGGACAAUGCCGAAAGAGCCAAAGUAUUCGAGGGUUUACUUGGUUCAAUCAUGGGUUCGACUCAGGAGGCGGCUGUCACUCCACCAUAUGUUGCUUUGGCAGUAAGGCGGAACCCUGGUUUAUGGGAAUUUUUUAAGGUGAACGCAGAUGAUUUAGAAGUGGAUGCUAUUACAGCUAAGGACUACUUGAAGAUCAAAGAAACGAUCUAUGAUGAGAAUUGGGCAAACAACGAAAAUGCAUUGGAAGUAGAUUUUGGAGCAUUUGACUACUCUACUCGACGGUUAACCCUUUCUUCUUGCAUUGGAAAUGGGGUUGAUUUCGUAUCUAAGUUCAUGGCUUCAAAGACUGGUGGGAAUCUUGAGCAUGCAAAGCCUUUGCUUGAUUACUUACUAGCGCUUAAACAUCACGGGGAGAAUCUUAUGAUCAAUGAGACUCUCAACAAUGUUGAAAAGCUUCAAACAACUUUGAUCGUAGCUGAUGUUUACAUUUCUGCUCUCCCAAAGGACACACCAUACCAGAACUUUGAGAAGAAGCUUAAAGAGUGGGGAUUUGAGAAAGGGUGGGGAGAUAAUGCAGAGAGAGUGAAAGAGACAAUGGGGAUCCUUUCAGAGAUACUCCAAGCACCGGACCACAAUAAAACGGAGUUGUUCUUUAAGAGGCUUCCAAAUCUAUUCAAGAUUGUAAUAUUCUCGGUCCAUGGCUACUUCGGCCAGUCUGAUGUUCUCGGCUUGCCUGAUACUGGAGGCCAGGUUGUUUACAUUCUAGACCAAGUGAAAGCUUUAGAGGAAGAAUUGCUCCUCAGAAUUAAGCAGCAAGGGUUGAGUGUGAAGCCUCAGAUUCUUGUGGUAACCCGACUCAUACCAGAUGCCCAAGGAACCAAGUGCAACCAGGAAAUUGAGCCAGUCCUUAACACGACACACUCCCACAUCCUUAGAGUUCCAUUUAGGACCGAUGGAGGGGUUCUCCGCCAAUGGGUUUCCCGGUUUGAUAUCUAUCCUUACUUGGAGAGGUUUUCCCAGGAUGCCACUGCCAAGGUCCUUGAACUCUUUGAAUGUAAACCAGACCUUAUACUUGGGAACUAUACAGAUGGAAACUUGGUGGCGUCUCUUAUGGCUAACAAACUUGGCGUCACUCUGGGAACAAUUGCUCAUGCUUUGGAAAAGACUAAGUAUGAAGAUUCUGAUGUCAAAUGGAAGGAGUUAGAUCCAAAGUAUCACUUCUCAUGCCAAUUCACAGCUGACAUAAUUGCCAUGAAUUCAGCCGAUUUCGUCAUUACCAGCACAUACCAAGAAAUUGCAGGAAGCAAGAAAAGGCCUGGACAGUAUGAAAGCCACAUGGCAUUUACAAUGCCAGGCCUUUGCAGAGUAGUUUCGGGCAUCAAUGUCUUUGAUCCAAAGUUUAACAUUGCUGCUCCUGGGGCUGAACAGGCGGUCUACUUUCCCUUCACAGAGAAAAAGAAACGAUUCACGUCAUUUCAUCCCGCCAUUGAUGAACUACUCUAUAGUAAGGAAGACAACAACGAGCACAUAGGAUUUUUGGCAGACAAGAGGAAACCAAUCAUAUUCUCAAUGGCAAGGCUUGAUACAGUGAAGAAUAUUAGUGGGUUGACCGAGUGGUAUGGGAAGAACAAAAGGCUGAGGAAUUUGGUGAAUCUUGUGGUUGUUGCGGGAUUCUUUGAUCCAUCGAAAUCGAAAGAUAGGGAAGAAAUCGCAGAAAUCAACAAGAUGCAUGCUUUGAUACAGAAAUACAAACUGAAGGGUCAGAUAAGAUGGAUAGCAGCUCAAACUGACAGGUACCGCAACGGGGAGUUGUACCGUUGCAUAGCAGAUACCAAGGGGGCUUUUGUGCAGCCUGCUAUGUAUGAAGCUUUUGGUCUGACGGUUAUUGAAGCAAUGAACUGUGGGUUAAUCACGUUUGCCACCAAUCAAGGGGGGCCUGCAGAGAUUAUCGUUGAUGGGGUCUCGGGUUUUCACAUUGAUCCUUACAAUGGUGACGAAUCUAGUGACAAGAUUGCGGAUUUCUUUGAGAAGUGCAAGGCUGAUGCCAAAUAUUGGAGUAAGAUAUCUCAAGAAGGUCUAAAGCGGAUAGACGAAUGCUAUACAUGGAAGAUCUAUGCAAACAAAGUAUUGAACAUGGGAUCUUUAUAUGGGUUUUGGAGGCAAAUGAAUAAAGAACAGAAGAAAGCAAAGCAAACAUACCUUCAAAUGUUUUACAAUCUCCAAUUCAGGAAUCUGGCAAAGAACAUAGCCAUCCCAACUGCUGAACCCAAACAAAUAGUACCAACUCCAAUGAUUAAACCCCAAGAACCAGAAUUACCUAAAUCCCCAGAGCCAACACCAGUGGCAACAACUCAUAUUCAGCCCACACCAAGGGAAAACGGUUUAGAGCCGAUGCAGAUUGCCUUCCCAAGACAUGAUCAAAGAUCUUGCCCCCGAUGUUCAUGGUGCUUCUUUUGUAUAUCUCUCUUUAUAAUAUACUAUGGUGCUAUGAAGUAUUAUGGGCUCAUUAGAUGACCAGGAUCGGAUGUUUGAUUCCCAAACAUACGUGAUUCUUCUUCAAAUGAAAGUGAAUACGAACCUUGUAUGUGUUACAUGUUCUCAAUUAAGCAAUAAAACUCCCUUGGAGUCACUUCCGGCAA